AUGUCCAUUGGACCUGGUUCUCCAACGAUGACCUCUCUGUCUCCUGCAAAUACAUCUGUCGGCACCACUCAUGACACUGGCUCUUCGGACGCGAUACCUCAUAUGCCUGGACUCACUAGACAGGACACAAACUCUUCUACUGGAAGUGCACUCAGACUACCCAAUGGAAAUUGGGCAUUCGAAGUCAGUGGGGUCUGCCCAAGUUGCCAUCAUCACCACAAAUCGCUCCGGGUACACGUCAGGAUCGCGAACGAUUUUACCCAGGUUCGCGAUGUCUACUGCAAAAGGUGCAAGCGCUUAUUGUUGUCUUCUGGAAACGCCAACGCUACGCGGCUAUCUCUUCUGUCUACCAUGAGUCUAGAUCCAGAUCCCAUUGAAACCGAGUUUCGUACCACUUUGAUUCAUAUGAUACGGGCUUCUACUCCAAUCGCGAUGCUCUCUCCUGUCCUCACAGUCAUUCCAGAAGUGACAUCGGCCGGUCCAUCACGGGAGACUUCAAUCCGUUCCAGGUCCGGCAGAAGUUCCCGAAUGCCUACAACAACCUUUGAAGACAAUCCCUUGCAGAAAACAGUCCGCAGUGUCGCUGACUACAAGCAUAAUAAGAACUCUUUAGUCGAGAGCCGGCGAAUAGUUUCCAAUAUUACGCAAAAAUUCAGAACGAGAUUCUUCAAGUCGCGAAAUAUCCCCUUCAACCUUGGUAAAUGGUUUUCGAGGAAGGAGAGCCCAAAGUACGACAGCCAUCAUCAGGAUCCGGCAUGCGCACCGAUCAGCGUUUCCACUACUAUUGAAAUAGCGCCAUCCCUUCGUGAGGAACAUAUGGGAUCACCAGAGGAGGUCGACACCAACUUUGAUUUAGCUGCACUUGAUGUAUGGACCUCAUCAACCACUGCUGCGGAUGCACUGGCUUCACUGAAAACCUUGGACCCUCAGGUCCUGCGAGCUUUGCCUCCCCAGAAGCGAAUUUCAUGGGGUCGUAAGCAACUCACCGAAUUCAAAACUCGUUUCUCUGGUGUCGCGGCUCAUGUAGCUCCUCCUGGCAUGGCCAAUACCGAUGGUGUCACUGAACGCGGAGAAUAUCUACAUUGGCUAGAAGGCGUAUCCCCUCGACGCCAUUCCAUCCUGGCAUUUAUAGGGGGCGGAGUUCACUCCUUUGAGGAUAACGACUUUCGCAGAGCAAGUGAUCAUACACUCAACGGUCGCCCGCUAAGCAUGAGUGAAACGCACCUUUCGGAAGCUGAUACCCUUGUUGACGAAAAUCGCAGAUCAUUCCCACCCCGCCCUCUUUCCAUCGAUAACGUUGUUCACGACUGGUCACAAAUUCAGCGAAACAGAGCCGAGGCCCGGAGAUCCAUCGACUCAACCGCAACUGGAGGUGCUGUUCGAAGCAUUGCUGCAAGGAGCCAUGCUUACAAUCGCUUAUCCCGCAAUUCAAUAAACCGUGCUUCCUCUUUCUACGGUACAGAGCCAACUACCUCGCGAGAUCAACUCCAAACCAGUGAAGAAGCUGAGCAUACUGACGCUGGCGCUAACGCAUCACUGCGUCCAUGA